CAUAUAGCCGUGCAAGGAAGAACAUAAAAGCCUUCAUCAACGCUUUUUCGAUUUUUAGAAGAAUCAAUAAACUAAAACACUUCUACAGCAUCUCCUAUUCACACUAUAAUUAUACCUGAGCCCACUACACAGCGCAAUGGCUUUUGAGGACCCCGCCAUCCCGAAGGGAUCUACAGUUCUUGUUACCGGCGCCAGCGGUUGGGUCGGUUCCAACGUCGCAGAUCAGUUUCUUGCGUAUGGGUACAAGGUUCGAGGAACAACGCGUGAUGUGAACAAGGCGGCGUGGAUGAAGGAGACUUUUGAGAAGAAAUAUGGCAGUGGUGUUUUCGAGCUCGUGUCAGUCCCAGACAUGGUCGCUGACGGCGCAUACGACGAGGCUGUGAAGGGCGUCACCGCUGUUGCACACACGGCGUCGGUAAUGACGUACGAUGCGGACCCAAACAAAGUAAUACCCGCGGUAAUCGCCGGUUCUGUCAACGCUCUGAAGGCGGCAUACGCCGAGCUAAGCGUCAAACGCUUUGUCCUUACGUCUUCGUCUACUGCAGCUGUUCUGUCCAGUCCAGGCAAGCCGAAGGUUGUGGUCACGAAGGACACAUAUAACGAAGAAGCUGUCAAGAUCGCUUGGUCUGAGCCGCCAUAUGAUGCAAGGCACGGCGGUUAUGUCUAUGCUGCCAGUAAGGCACAAGGAGAGCAAGCGGUUAGGAGAUUUUAUGAGGAAAAUCGUGCGAAACGUCCUGACCUUGUUGUCAAUGCUGUUCUUCCUAACGUUGUUUUCGGCAAAACUCUCGACUUGCAGAGACAAGGAUACCAGAGCAGUCCGGCGUUAGUCGCCAGUCUCUACAGAGGAGAGAUAAGCCCGAUUCAUCAUGCUGUCAACCCACAAUACUUUGUCGAUGCCUCUGACGUUGGUGCUCUGCACGUUGCUGGCGCCAUUCUUCCGGAUGUGAAGGACGAGCGCAUCUUCGGCUUUGCCGGGCGUUUCAACUGGGAUGACGUACUCGCCAUUUUCCGCAAGCAUGAGCCGGAAAAGACCUUCCCCGAUAACUUCAGCGACGGGAGGGAUCCCAACGAGAUUGAACCGGCGUCUCGGGCAGAGCAAUUAUUGCAGGAGUUGGGACGCCCAGGGUGGGUAGGUCUGGAGCAAGUCAUUGUGCAAAUUACCGAGGACCUUCGGACAUCAAAUGAAUAACUCCGAAAGUAUGCGUAUCGGGAUAUAACAUAACUGGUUGUUUGUUAU